GGAGAUGCCGUGCCAAGUGCCCGGGCUAGUGCUAUCCACAGACCUAUCGUAUCCGCUGCGCAGCGCAGGCCGCAGGCUUCGCAGCGCCCGAAAUGGCGGCACCCUCCCACGUGCUCCCCUUCCUCUCCCACGCCGGCACCGCCUCCGUCCGCGUCCGCUCCGGCUGCCGCGCCCGCGCUGGCCUCCAGCGCUGCGCGGCCGCGGCCGGACAGGCGGGCUUCUUCACCCGCCUCGGCCGCCUCAUCAAGGAGAAGGCCAAGAGCGACGUUGAGAAGCUCUUCUCCGGCUUCUCCAAGACUCGCGAGAACCUCUCCGUCGUCGACGAGCUCCUCACCUACUGGAACCUCGCCGACACCGACCGCGUCCUCGACGAGCUCGAGGAGGCGCUGCUGGUGUCGGACUUCGGGCCCAAAAUCUCGUUCCGGAUCGUCGACACGCUCCGCGAGGAAAUCCGCGAUGGCAAGCUCAAGUCGGGAAGCGAGAUAAAGGCGGCGCUGAAAAGGUGCAUUCUCGAAUUGCUGACGAGCAAGGGCGGCAACUCGGAGCUGAAGCUCGGCUUCAGGAAGCCGGCGGUCAUCAUGAUCGUGGGAGUGAAUGGUGGUGGAAAGACAACCUCGCUAGGAAAGCUUGCUUACAGAUUUAAGAAUGAAGGAGUGAAGGUAUUGAUGGCAGCAGGUGAUACCUUCAGAGCAGCGGCUCGUGACCAGCUAGAAGUUUGGGCUGAGAGAACUGGUUCAGAGAUUGUCAUUGAUAAUGAUAAGAAGGCACAACCUCCAGCAGUUCUUUCGCAGGCAGUGAAGCGUGGGAAGCGUGAAGGAUUUGAUGUGGUUCUAUGUGAUACGUCAGGACGACUUCAUACAAAUUAUGGUCUGAUGGAAGAGUUGGUUUCUUGCAAAAAAGUCAUAGCUAAAGCCCUUCCUGGUGCUCCUAAUGAGAUUUUACUGGUUCUCGAUGGCACAACUGGCUUAAACAUGCUACAGCAAGCGAGGGAGUUCAAUGAUGUUGUUGGAAUCACUGGAUUCAUCCUGACUAAGCUAGAUGGCACCGCACGGGGUGGUUGUGUGGUCAGCGUUGUCGAUGAACUUGGAAUUCCAGUUAAGUUUAUUGGGGUCGGUGAAGGGAUGGAAGAUCUACAACCUUUUGAUGCCGAGGCAUUUGUUGAAGCCAUUUUCCCAUGAGUUUGCAUUUUGGAGAAAUAAAUAUGCUUCCGCUGCAAAGUUUUUGACUCUUGUCAUUAUUUUGGCCUUCCAUGUAAGAGAUUUUUGUGGUGUCCGCCAUGGCUACGAAGCUGCAAAAGCGAAGGAAGCAGAAGGCUGGAGUCAAGAUGUACUGUCAAGGAGCUAAGAUGGGAGACCGAUAGCUGGGCUCGACAUUAGUUCGAUUUCGUGGAGCACGACUGUUGCCUGGACCAUUCUGUGAGAGAUUAUCUUCCAGUCUGUUAUGAGUAGAGUUGUUUGUUGAUGGAGUAUAUAUUACAGCGGACCCCUUCUGUAAGUCGCUGAGGCUGGGAGUUAUGGACUUGUGAAACUGAAAUGUAUCGGGAGGAUUCAGAGAAAGAAACGUGAAAGAUAUGUAUCCAUAUCUGUUCUCUUC